AGGGAGAACAUUUGGGCAUCAUUCGAUUUUCAGAUUUUGCAACGAAGACGUCGCCAGCUUCGCUCUGCACCCAGUGUCCAGUUUCCAAGUCAAUCGAUCGUUCGUUCGUUCGCUCGCUCGCUCGCUCGCCUCACAUUUGGUGUUUCGUUUCCAGUCUUCGCUUGACUGUGCGCAGCCGCGACCAAUCUCUCAGCCAGCAUGCGCCUUCUAUUGGCCCUGGUGGCGGCGCUAGCUGCGGCCGGCGUCUCAGCGGAUGUCUCGCAUCUGGACACGGAUUUGCGAGAGGAUGGAUAUCAUUACAAGCAGCCGUCGCAGCCGUUUCCGCCGCCGCCCACGGGCAAUGGCAUUGAGGAUUCGGGCUUGAUUCCCGGACCGGCUCCCUCGGCACCGGAACCAUCGUAUGGCCCGCCGCAGACGCAGCCGCCGCGCCCACCACCGCAGCCUGUGCCAACAGCGCCCAGCCCUUCCUAUGGACCGCCGCAGACGGAGCCGCCACGCCCACCACCGCAGCCCGUGCCCACUGCUCCUGGUCCAUCUUAUGGACCACCCCAAACGCAGCCACCACGUCCUCCACCGCAGCCUGUGCCAACUGCACCAGGUCCUUCCUAUGGCCCACCACAAACCCAACCACCACGCCCACCACCACGGCCGGUGCCCACGGCUCCUGGUCCCUCGUAUGGACCACCGCAAACACAACCACCGCGUCCGCAGCCACAGCCACAGCCCCAGCCUACGGCUCCGGGUCCGUCUUAUGGCCCUCCUCAGACUCAGCCUCCACCACCACCUCCUGCUGGCCCGGAAUACCUGCCGCCUGAUCAGCCGCAGCCGCCUAAGCCACGUCCCACUCCUCAGCGCCCCCCAGCACCUCAGCCACGCCCAGAUUAUGGUCCGCCACCUCAGCCACCGAGUCCCCAACCACCAAGCCCCCAGCCCCCACGCCCGCAACAACCUGGCGCUGAGUACUUGCCCCCAUCUGGUCCGCCAGCACCACCCACCUAUCAGCCACGACCACCGACAUCUGCCCCACCAGCACCGCCCACCUAUCAGCCACGUCCACCGGCACCACCCACCUAUCAGCCACGUCCACCCGCACCACCUGCACCACCAGCACCUACACCCAGCUAUGUGCCACCUCCCGGACCCACUUAUCAGCCACGCCCUCCAGCUCCACCAGCUCCUCCAGCACCUACUCCUGGCUAUGGUCCUCCUCCUAGUCCUCCCGCACCGCCCACUUAUCAGCCACGCCCACCAGCACCGCCAGCACCGCCAGCACCCACCCAGGAAUACGGUCCGCCCCCAUCUAGCCCACCAGCGCCGCCCACUUAUCAGCCACGCCCACCGGCACCACCCGCACCACCCACAGACGCUGGCUCGCUGGGACCCGAUGGCUACAAUUACAACAAGCCUGCCAAGCCGUUUACCUUCUAAAUGCUGCCAACCGCAAAAGCACACACACACUCACACACACUUAUACACUCUUAGUAUUCUUAGCGUAAAGCAUUCUGGACCCAAUUGCUACAGCCCCCUCCCCCACACACCCACCCGCCCGACUUUUUAGGGUACACAUUGUAAAGAAACCUUUGUAAAGCGUCGCUUCCAAAUAAAGUAAAAUCUAAACACCAAAACCAA